CCAUCCCUAUAUAUGGUGACCAUUGAACAUACCUACCUCUGAAUGCACUGGUCUACAAUGGACAGCCGAAACGGAGAAACGCAGACGCACAGCAAAGAUGCCCGGCUAGCGAUCAUGGAGCUGGCGAACAUGAUCAGUGUCCCUAUGUCGCUCAAUGCCGUUGUUCGCCUCAACGUCGCCGACUCUAUAUGGCAAAACGGCUCAAACACGCCACUCACUGCCUCCGAGAUUCUCUCUCGUAUUCUCCCUUCCGCAGAUCCUGAAAACCUUCAGCGUAUUCUCCGCAUGCUCACCAGUUAUGGUGUUUUUCACGAGCACAUCGCCUCUGGCGAAAGAAGAUACUCGCUGACAGAUAUAGGAAAGACGCUAGUGACGGAUGAAAACGGGUUGUCGUACGGUUCAUACGUUCUACAGCACCACCAGGAGGAGCUGAUGAAGGCGUGGACGAUGGUGCACGAGGCAGUGGUUGAUUCAUCGACAGAGCCUUUCGUGAAGGCAAACGGCGGUGAGACAGCGUACGGGAUGUACGGGAGGAAACCGGAGAUGAACGAGCUGAUGCAGAAGGCAAUGUCCGGGAUAUCUGUUCCGUUUAUGAAGGCGGUUCUGGAAGGUUACGAUGGGUUUAAGGGUGUUGAACGAUUGGUGGAUGUUGGUGGUAGUGCAGGGGAUUGCCUGAGGAUGAUUCUAGAGAAGCAUUCCCAUAUCAAACAAGGCGUUAAUUUCGACUUGCCUGAAGUUGUUGCAAAGGCUCCAAAAAUUGAUGGUGUGACACAUGUUGGUGGUGACAUGUUCAGCUUUAUUCCCAAGGGUGAUGCAAUUUUCAUGAAGUGGGUUCUAACGACAUGGACAGAUGAGGAAGUAAAGCAAAUUUUGAUGAGUUGUUUUGAAGCAAUUCCAGUUGGAGGUAAGUUGAUUGCUUGUGAGCCGGUGUUGCCACACGACACUAAUGAUACUCACCGCACCCGAGCCUUGCUCGAAGGUGACAUAUUUGUGAUGACCAUUUACCGUGCCAAGGGCAAACAUCGGACUGAAGAAGAGUAUCGUGAACUUGGCAAGUUGGCUGGUUUUACAAGUUUUCGAGCUAUUUAUAUCGACUAUUUCUACACUCUCCUUGAGUAUAAGAAAUGAUGAGCCUUAAUUGCUAGUUUUUAGUAUGCCAUUAUUGGACCAUUAACGACUUUCAAAUUGAGUGCAACUGAUACAUGUGAAAUGUACUUGGUACUAUGUUAUUUUUACAUAAGAUCAAUUAUGCAUUCCUUGUC